AUGUUGCCCAAAUCCGAGGUCGAUCACGCCGACGACCUAGCCCAAUGGGUCGAGGACGAGCGCGCCGCCAUAGCCCAGUGGGAGGAGGCCGGGCGCGCCGCUGCCCGCGACAGCCUGCAGGCCUUCACCCUCCGCCUAAACAAGCGCCUCGCCGCCGACGCCGAUAGGAGCGGCAACCUGGUCUUCUCGCCGCUGUGCCUCUACGCGGCGCUCUCGCUGUGGGCCACCGGCGCGCGUGAGCGCACCCUCGACGAGCUGCUCGGCGUCCUCGGGGUGCCUUCAUGGGACGUCCACACCUUCCAUGUCUGCACGCUGGCCCGGCAGGCCCUCGCUGACCGGUCCCAGACGGGCGGCCAGCGCAUCAACUUCGGGUGCGGCGUGUGGCACGACACCACCGUGCCCCUCCGCCCCGCCUUCCGCGACGUCGCCACCGAGUGGUACGAGUCCGUCAUCCGCCCAGUUAACUUCCACAAGCAGCCGGAGGAGGCAAAGGAGAAGAUCAACGCAUGGGUGGCGGCGUUGAUGAACGACCUCAUCCCCACCCUGAUUGGCCGUGACGUGUUGUCCCACCUCACCGACCUGGUGCUUGUCAACGCCAUGUACUUCAAGGGAAAGUGGAACAUGCCAUUCGACGAGGAACGCCAUCUGUUUCACCGCCUUGACAACACCGCCAUCGACACGUCCUUCAUGCGUGGCUUCGGUAGGCAAAGAAUCGCGUGGCACAAUGGCUUCAAGGUGCUCCAGCUGCGCUACGAGCAAGGCGGCCCCUUGCCCGCGCAGUCGCAGCCACAGCCGGUCUACUCAAUGUGUGUCUUCCUCCCCGACGCGCGUGAUGGGCUGUGUUGGUUGGCCAACCAGAUUGCCUGUGACCCUGACUUUUUGCGCAAGCACCUGCCGAGGAGCGACGUCGAGGUUGACGACUUCCGGCUGCCUACAUUCAAGGUCAGCUUUGACAUGACUAUGAACGACAUUCUCUGCGACAUGGGGCUCAAGGAGGCUUUAGAGCCAGGGAAGGCCGACCUAUCUGAUGUGGUUGAGGACGGGACGGGGGGAAGGAGGAGGCUGGCUCUACAGGAAGUGAUCCACCAAGCCGUCAUCGAGGUGAACGAGGAAGGCACCGAGGCCGCGGCUGCCACUGUGAUGAUUACGUGUAGCACGACUAGUGCCCUACCUCCGCUGUCGCGGUGUGUGGCCUUCGUUGCUGACCAUCCUUUUGCCUUCUUUGUCAUCGAGGAGGUGUCAGGUGCGAUCAUGUUCGCGGGGCAUGUUGUUGACCCCACUAUCAAUUGA